AUGGAACCACUUAAUCAACACAACACUCUUUUACCUAAACCUUUAGAUAUUGUUAGUAGUAAUGAGAUAGAUUCAAUAGUUCUCUCAUUAGAAGAUAAUGUUAUUGGAAAAUUAAUAUCAUAUAGAACACCAACUUCUAUUCUUGAAGUAAAUUUACCACAUUCUAAGGUUAAUGUUACACGAUUAUCAGAGUCAUUAAGAAAACUUCCUCAAUUAACUCAUUCAACAUUUUGUGAAACAAAACCGACUGAAUGUUUAGGAUGUUUUUUCUCAGGAAUAAUAAAUAUUGAUUCAUCUGCUUCAAAUUUAUCAAGAACUCGUUCUCCACUUCCAUUAGUUAAUUGUAUUGAAAAAAAAGUUUCUGAGUUAAAGUCUUCAACUUCUAGACAAAGAAUUGAAUUUCCAUACUCUCAUCAAAAAAGUAAAAUAGAAGCACCAAAGGGUUAUCCUAUUAUACCUUUAAAACCUUCAUGUCUUCCUUAUCCACCUCAAUUCUUAAUUCCACCGCAAAAAUCAUACUUACCACGAAAAGUUAGAUUACAUAGUUUACACCAUAAGAAAGUACAACAUGAAGAGAUUGUAAUUAAAGAAACACCGAAAAAGAAUGAUACAUUCAUAUAUAUCACUGAUUAUUUAAUUCUUGAGUCUUUUAGAAAAUAUUUUAGAGGUAUUAAUGUUCCUUCAUUUAUUUCAACGGUUACAUAUCAAUUAAAUAAUUAUUCUUAUGACUUUGGAUCAAAUAAUAUUAUUAAAAGUUUAUGUGAUUCAUUAGAAAUGCUUAGAACAGUUCAAGUAAUUAUGGACGGAUUAGAUAGUGGUAAAUUGACUAUUCCUAAUGAUGUGUUAGAUCCUGUCGAAAGAACUCUUGUUUCACAAUUGUUAAAUGAAUUUUUUAUUCCACCAAAUCCAUUUAUUAACCCAAUUUCAUCACAACAAACUCCAGUUCCUUUAGAAGUACCAAAAAUUAUUCUUGGUGCAAUGAGAAAUCAUAUGAACAAAUCUGUUGAGCUAACAUUAGAAACAUCAUGGAAUGUAUUAAGUUUAUGGGAAGAUUAUGAAUUUGCACCGUUUUCAUAUCAAAAAGAAAUAAAUUAUUUGUUUAUAACACAGGAAGGUAUUGACCAAGAAAUUGUUCAUACUAUUAUCAAAGAGUUAGAGUUUGAUUAUAAAAAUUUCAAUUUAGGUAGAUUAAUAAAAUACAGUGAGAAUAUUAUUGUAUCAAAUAUAUUUGAUGAAUUAGAAAUGCUUGAAGUUAUUAAAAAUCAUUCUCAGGAAAUAGAUAAAAAGAUUAUUGUGUUAUAUGAUCCUAAAGACAGUAAUGAAGAAGAAAUUAUGUGUAAAAUCAUUACAUUAAAAUGUCGUUUAAAUGAGGGAGAUUGUAAUCAUUAUGGAGAUAACAUAAUUUUUAUUUCCCUUAAAUCAAUUUUAAAAGAUAGUUUAAGAGAAACCUCAAUCAGAGUUUGUUUUUCACUUUAUUCAUCUUAUAGAAGAUACCAACCUACUCAAUAUCCAAAUUCUGCUGCACAGGCAUUACCUGAUUUUACUCAAAAUGGUAAUUUACUAAAUGAACCAUUAUUUAUUAUUUCACCACAAUAUGACAAUGUGUUUUUUAAUAAAAUAAUGAUUGGAUAUAAAGUUAAACCAUGUGGAAUUAUAAGUUCAUUAAUUAGUUAUACUGGGGAAUUACAAGAAAUGGGAUUUGAUACUUCAAUUCAAGAAAUGUGGGAUAGGUGGAUAUGUUUUAUUCAACAAACAACAAAAAGUCAUUGGGAAAUAACAUUUACUAAAGUUGGAGAAUAUGAUAAUGAUGAAAUGAAAUUAAUGUUUGAUUUAAAAGAGUCUGCUCUACAACAGUAUAAAGAUUUAAUAGACUCUAUUUUUAUUAGUUGUUGUAAUGUAUAUGGUAGUGUAUUAGUUUCAGAAGAAGAAUAUCAACUAUUAGACAACAAUAAAGGUUUUUAUAAAAUUAAUGAUGAAUUAGAUCCCCCAAUUGAAAUAAAGGGAGAAGGAAGAGCAACUUAUUAUACUAUUCUUCCUUCAUUAAUUGGAAAAGGGUGUAGUGUUGGUGGAUAUUCAAUUCAUUUGUAUGAUUCUAAUGAAAAAGAAUUAUCUACAAUGAUGAAAAUUUUUCAUGGAUUGUCUUUCCUUAACAGUGAUGUAUUGAAACAAGAGAGAUGGUCUAUUCUUCCGAAACAUUUGCAUCUAUUACAAAAAUAUGACCUUUAUUUAGAUAUGGUUAUGUUGUGUGAACAUUGA